AUGAGACUAUAUCUUUGUCUGGUUUCCCUUUGCUGGGGACUUUCAUAUACUUUUCCCACGAGAAACACAGAUCUGGACACUGAAUGGGAACUGUUUAAGUCCACAUAUGGAAAGAACUAUACUAAGAAGGAGGAUUCUUUUAGGAGAAAUGUAUGGGAAGAAAGCCUGAAGUUCGUUAAUAAGCAUAAUCUCCUGUAUAAGGAGGGGAAGAAGAGCUACUUCCUAGGGAUGAAUGCAUAUGGGGACAUGACUGAUGAGGAAUUCAAAAGAAUGCUGGACCCUGACACAUCAAAGAGGAUAAAGAGAGAUACCACACCCCAGUUUUUUUCAACUUCUGACAUUCCCAAAUCAGUGGACUGGAGACAGCAUGGCUACGUGACCCCUGUUAGAUACCAGGGGGAAUGUGGCUCCUGCUGGGCAUUCAGUGCACUUGGAGCCCUGGAAGGGCAGGUCUUCAAGAAAACAGGCCAACUUGUGGAACUGAGUAAACAGAACUUAAUUGACUGUAUUGAAUUCCCUGGCUGUCUACUCGGAUCUGUCACUGAGGCCUUCAGCUAUAUCAUAGAAAAUGGAGGUGUUACCACUGAGUCCUGCUACCCAUAUACAUACCAGGAAGAACUACAAUGCUCCUACAGACCCAAGUGUGCAGCUGCAACAGUAAGUGGAUUUGUGGAUAUCCCUUCUCAAGAUGAACAGAUUGUCAUGCAGGCUGUGGCAACUAAAGGGCCAGUGUCUAUGGUAGUGCAUGUCCGGAAGCCCUUCUACUACUAUAAAGAAGUCUUUAAGUUACUAAGAGACCUUCCAGAGAUGUUUCUGCCUGCUAAAAAGUGGGAUGAAAUCGUUCUGUUCCACCCACCGAAUGCUUUUCUACCAUUAUUUCGAAAUCCUGUGAUCACUUCCCCUUCAUCCCCCGCCCCCUCCUUUUCAACUCUUGUUCAUUCCAACUCUAGGCCACACACACAAACCAUCCUUUUGGUCUACAGACCCAGAGAUAGUGAGAACCGGAAAGGGCGGGCUGUAGCUAUUGUCGAGGAAACAUGCCGUGAAAAAUGA